AUGUGGGAAAGCUUUUACCCGACAUGGACAUUGUAAGGAACAUGAAAGAAUUCACACUGGAGAGAAACCCUAUGUAUGUAAGCAAUGUGGGAAAGCUUUUAACACACAGGGAUAUUUUAAGAAGCAUGAAAGAAUUCACACUGGAGAGAAACCAUAUAUAUAUAAGCAAUGUGGGAAAGCUUUUAACACAUGGGGAGCUUUAGGAAACAUGAAAGAAUUCACACUGGAGAGAAACCCUAUGUAUGUAAGCAAUGUGGGAAAGGUUUUACCCAUCAUGGAGCUUGUGAGCAACAUGAAAGAAUUCACACUGGAGAGAAACCAUAUGUAUGUGAGCAAUGUGGGAAAGCUUUUAAAACACGUGCAUGUUGCAAGGUUCAUGUAAGAAUUCACACUGGAGAGAGACCAUAUGUAUGUAAGCAAUGUGGGAAAGGUUUUACCCAUUAUGGAAAUUGUAAGCAACAUGAAAUAAUUCACACUGGAGAGAAACCAUAUGUAUGUAAGCAAUGUGGGAAAGCUUUUAACACACGGGGAUAUUUUAAGAAGCAUGAAAGAAUUCACACUGGAGAGAAACCCUAUGUAUGUAAGCAAUGUGGGAAAGGUUUUAACAGAUACAGACAGUGUAAGGAACAUGAAAGAAUUCACACUGGUGAGAAACCAUAUGUAUGUAAGCAAUGUGGGAAAGCUUUUACCCGACAUAGACAUUGUAAGCGACAUGAAAGAAUUCACACUGGAGAGAAACCCUAUGUAUGUAAGCAAUGUGGGAAAGCUUUUAACACACAGGCAGAUUGUAAAAGACAUGAAAGGUUUCACACUGGAGAGAAACCCUAUGUAUGUAAGCAAUGUGGGAAAGCUUUUACCACACAUAGAUAUUGUAAGGAACAUGAAAGAAUUCACACUGGAGAGAAACCCUAUGUAUGUAAGCAAUGUGGGAAAGCUUUUAACACACAUCGACAGUGUAAGGAACAUGAAAGAAUUCACACUGACCAGAAACCAUAUGUAUGUAAGAAAUGUGGGAAAACUUUUACCCAACAUAGACAUUGUAAGCAACAUGAAAGAAUUCACACUGGAGAGAAACCCUAUAUAUGUAAAGCCUAUAUAUGAAAGCUUUUACCCAACAUGGACAUUGUAAGUAACAUGAAAGUUCACACUCAAGUUAAAACCAGUGUAUAUAAACAUCAUGAGAAUUUUUUGAGCACAAGUACAUAUUGCAUAAUGCAUGAAAAUCUUCACACUGGGCAUAAAUCUUAUAUAUGUAAUGAAUUUGGGAAAGGUUUCAGCAGAAAUGCUCAUUGUCCAAUAAAUGAAAAAAAUUUACACUGUUGAGAAACCCUGUUUAUGUGAAGAAUGUGGGAAAGCUUUCACCACACAUGGAUUUUGUAAAAGACAUCAAUGACUCCACACUGGUGAGAAACCCUAUGCACAUAACAAUGUGGCAAAGCUUUUAACACAUACAGUCAUUGCAAAACACAUGAAACAAUUCACACUGGGAUGGCUACGUAAGCAAGUGGAGACAUUUUCAGCAGCCAGAUUGUAAGUGAAAUACACGAAGAAAAUCACACAAGAGAUAAAUCCUAUAUGUUAUGGGAAUACUCUCAGCACACCUGAUCACUGUUACAUAUCUGAAAGAGCUCACUAGAUCCUAUGUGUAUUAACAGUGUGAGAAAUAUGGCAAUCCAUGUUUAUUGUUAAAUACAUAGAAAAAGCAGCACUCUUCAGACAGUUUAGAUCUAAGUUUACUUUAAAAGUUCUAAGAAGACCUGAAGAAAUAAUCAAUACAGAAGUUUGAUGUCAAUAUGUCUUCACAAAUUUUCCAGAAACAACAAAUCUGAAGUGGAGCUCUACUCAAGUACACAUUUUGUAUGGUUUUCAGUUAAUCACUUAUACCUCUUUAGAUUUUUUAAUGUGUCUUUGUGCUUCAACAUGGCAUCUUGUAAUUAAACAUGGUAAAUGAAAUGGGCUUUUCACUUUCAAGUAUGGAUAGUGUCUAUGUACUUAAUAUUUUGUCUUUAAAACUUAAUUUUAUAUUUUUGGUGAAUUAUUUUUAUUUAAAAAAAAACCAAAAAGUGUAGAAAUAAUACAGAAUUUCUGAAAAAUAAACAAUAAGAAAUCACUA